UGGUGGCUCACACAACAACCCCAGAGCCACCACCUGAGCCAGGUGAACAAGCAGCCACCAUAUCCGAAGAGCGAGCUGUGCAGUUUGCAGAAUGGUUGAAGAAUAACUCACAGCCCCUCGCCCAGGUGGAGGCAUAUAUUCGCGACAGCUGCCAGUACAGGGCAGGAUGGAUACGGGCCGAGCACUCGAAGUCCAUUCCCGAAGUCCUGGCCAUGUUCCCUCGUCUUACUACUCCAGGCAUGAUUGCACAAGAUUUUUCGAUCCUCUUCGCAGAGCCUGCACCUAAACUCUUCGAAACGUGGGUUCCUCUUUACGCUGACAAGAUCAUUCGUCUGGCGAAACGCGAAGGGAAACUCGCAUUGCCAGAGGAACAGAUCAAUCUGGAUGCCAGGGGAGAAGUAGCCCUGAUGCUGCUGCCUGUCAUGCUCCCUCCGCCUGUUUAUAAACAGGGCAGAAAAUUGGUCCGUGCCAGUGUGGAAGAAUCAAAGAGAUUCUUCAUCGAUGUUAAGCCUGUCGGAACUAACAUGGUGGAGUAUUUGGAGCAAGCCAAAUCGUCCAGGUCGUGCCCGUUCGUGCUACUGCUUGAGGAUGGGAUGCUGUGCUCUCAAGCCUUUGUUGUGAUCUCAGGCAAGGCUAUUGAGACUGAGACGGCUCUCGCAGCAGCUGUGGAUACCUGUUUUAAGAGUUUUUAUGUCUUUGACAUAAACUAUACAAAUCAGUGUUUGCCUACUUGGCAAUUUUACCAGGAUGUUGUUUAUGAACUCGAGGGAACUGUUUCCCCAGCAGUGAAGUUCCUGAAAACGCAAAUACAUGCUUGCAACUAGACUGGCCUGCACCCAUCUCUUCCUUUCUCUCUCCUCUCCCUCUUGUUCCACAUCUCUCCAUAGUAUCAAUAAGCCUUGUGUG